AUGUUCACCUUUACCAAGCUCGUCGUUGCCAUCUCUGCGCUCACUGGGGCACUUGCCGCCCCUGCAGCCGAGCCGUCCCUCGACAGCCCGGACUUCCAGCUCGGCGGUGACAGCCUCGCCCGUCGCCAGAACUACAACCAGAACUACGUGACUAGCGGCUCUGUCAACUUCUCUCCUGCGAGCAAUGGGUACUCCGUUUCCUUCUCCGGUGCCGGAGACUUUGUAGUCGGCAAGGGCUGGAGCACCGGGACGAACAGGAACAUCACCUUCAGCGGCUCCACCAGCGCCACCGCUGGAACCGUCCUAGUGUCAGUCUAUGGGUGGACGACAAACCCCCUGAUCGAGUACUACAUUCAGGAGUACACCAACAACGGCGCGGGCUCUGCCCAGGGCACCAAGGUCGGCAGCGUGGUUUGCGACGGCGCCACCUACGACAUCUGGAAGCACCAGCAGGUCAACCAGCCGUCCAUCUCCGGCACGGCCACCUUCUGGCAGUACAUCUCGAACCGCCAAUCGGCGCGACCCGGCAGCGGCACCGUCACGACCAAGUGCCACUUUGAUGCGUGGGCCAAGGCGGGCCUCAAACUGGGGUCCAGCAUGAACUACCAGGUCCUUGCGACCGAGGGCUGGGGAAGUGCAGGUGGAAACUCCAAGUACACCAUCUCUGGCCAAGAUGUGGCUUUUUUGUCAGCUUCAACGUUUACCCAACAGCAACCAUCUGUCAUUGACUAUUCACAGCGCGUGGAGCCUAGUAAGGCAUCACAGGUGGGCGUUUGGAACGUCAAGGAAGAAGAUCAGGUGCACGCUGACGCUGCCGAUAUGCGCGGAACUGUACGGCUGGCGAGGCGCCAAACCACGACUCGUACUGCCCGGUGGCCGAUGCUCAGAAAUUCAAAGGCGAAAGACGACAGACCGGUUUCGCGCGUAUAUGCAGCCUCAGGGUCAGGGGAUCCUCCUUAUGGCGAAGACACGGGCCCCGUCUGGAGGACGGCUGCUUCUAAGAUGAUAGAGGGUUGCGCGACCGCCUUCGGCUCGAUUCUCAUCCUAGGAAUCGCAGGCUACUCGUACAAUGCCUACUACAAAUCUCACGUGCUGACCAAGAUGGAGAAUGCCUUCGCAUUGGGAUAUUCCUCUGUUGAGAUAGCCGCUCUGAGCCGUCACGUCAAAUCAGAUGGAUCCCACGCCGAGCUGUUUCAAGCAGAGACCUUCGAAGACAACGACUGGAUCCCGCGCGACGAGCAAGCCAUCAUCGACAAGAUAGUCGACGGGUCCCUCCGUGGUCAAUAUCACCUAAUCACGGGCGAGAAGGGGACAGGCAAAACCUCAAUGCUGCUCAAGGCGAUGGGCAAGAUUGGCGGCGAGGGAGUCGCCAUGUUCGAGGCGCACGGCGACCCCGAGAUCUUCAGGGUGCGCCUGGGCAAGGCGCUCGACUUCGAGUUCCACGAGGACUACGUCGGCAGCCUCUUCAGCUUCAAGGGCCCGCGCGACACGACCGCCCUGCUGGACAUCGAGCGCGCCUUCAACAAGAUGGAGAAGAUCGCGCUGAGGCGCAAGGAGAAGGUCGGGAAGCCGCUGGUCCUGAUCAUCACCGGGGCGCACCUCAUCCGGGACGACGAGGACGGCCAGGACCUGCUGGAGCUGAUCCAGCAGCGCGCCGAGCUCUGGGCGGCGAGCAAUCUGGUGACUGUGGUGUUCAACAGCGAUGACUACUGGACUACGGAGCGGCUGAUGUGGCAGGCGACUCGUCUCCGGGUGACGCCUGUUCGCGAUAUCCCCAAGAACAUCGCCAUCGAGUCCCUGAGAGAGUUCCGCAAGACUUUUCGCGGGGAGGACGUCCCGACGAGUAUCCUGGAGCAGGUCUAUAGCAAGAUCGGCGGCCGGCUCAGCUUCCUCACCCGCGCGGCAAAAUCUCCAGACAUGAUCACUACUUGCAACACCAUCUGCGAAAAGGAGAAGCGCUGGCUGUUGAACAAGUGCUGGAUUCUGGGGGCUGACAUGGACCCCGGCGCUGAAAAUGAACAGGAUCUCUCUUCAGCUGCCAUGCUUCUCGCAAAAGCACUGAUAGAAAAAGAGGAAGCCAUGAGAGCAGCUGGGACGUACGAUGGGAGGCUGCCUCAGAUUCCAUUGCACAAGGCGAGGGAGUUGAUCACGAAUUCCGAAUGGGUGAAGAUGCCACACCACAACAAUAUCUUCACCAUCGACCCAGAUGGGAUGGUCCAGGCAGAUUCAGUGGCGAUGUACUGGGCCAUGAAGGAGGUGUGCAGCGCCGAAGGCUUCGAUGAGCACCUCCAUGCUACUCUAGAGCGGCUGGAUGAGAUCGAAAGCCUUCAGAGGACAAGGGAGCUGACACUGAAGGAUCUAGUGGACAAUGAGCAGCAGUAUCGCGCCACGAUGGAAGCUACUUCGGAUGGUGGAAAGGCUUGGUCAGUCAAGCUCGUGCCAUCAGGGGCUGGAUGA